AAAAAAAAAAAAAAACCGUAGAACCUCUGAGGAAAAUUAGAUUGUCCGCUGAGAACAGAGAGGCUGCGGGUGAUUAGGGUUCUAACGCGCCACCAUCUUCAUGCUGUCCCUUCUCCGAUCUGCUCGACCUCUCAACAGGAAGCAAGAAUGUUGUCUGAAGUUUUAUGGAUUACCAUGUGUGAGCCGAGAUUCAAGUAACUUCUGUGGAGACAGGGCUGGAGGAAGCUAUCCUGAACAAUUAAGUUCGAGGUUUUCUUCAAGAGAGGAAAUUCGGUGUUGUCUACCCGUAUUUGGAAAUAACUCUCUGGGUAGUCAUAGGCUUUUCUCACAGAUAAGUGAAAAAAGUGGUCAUGAAAAUGAUGUGAAAGACACUUCCGUGGAACUUGAAAAGAUUAUUUCAGGUAAUGUGAAUGAGGGUACUGAUGAGGACUUUGAGGAGGAUGAAGCGGUGGAAUUGGUUUCAGAACCUGGAUUUCUGGAUGAGGAUUUGUCAGACUCUGAGGCAGGUCUGAGCACUCUGGAGCCUUUGAAGGAAAAAGCUUCUUUAAAAUUGUUUAGAACCUUAGUGGAGAUUCCAUCCAGCUUGAUCUCCAAAACUCUUGAUAACUUUUUUAAAGAUGGGGGAGGUUUGAGCCAAGAAGAGGCUUCUAAGAUCAUAUCUUGUCUUCGGAAGUGUCGAAUGUAUGGAAGGGCAUUGCAGUUUUCAGAGUUGUUGGGCACUUUUAAGCAUUUUGAACAUAGAGAACAUGAUUAUGCUUCUCGUAUUGAUCUGAUAGCCAAAGUCCAAGGAGUUGAUGCGGCUGAGAAGUACAUGGAUGAAGUUCCAGAAUCUUUGAGAGGUAAUUUAUUGUACGGAACUCUUUUAGCAAACUGUGUCCGUGUUGUCAAUAGAAAGAAAGCAGAGGCAGUUUUUGGAAAAAUGAGGAGGCUAGGUUUGCCAAUCACUACAUAUGAUUGCAAUCAAAUGAUCAUUCUUUAUAAAAGACUUGAUAGAAGUAAAAUAGCUGACAUAUUAUCGUUGAUGGAGGAAGAAAAUUUGAAGCCAUCUCGUCUUACAUACAGGAUCCUUAUAGCUGAGAAAAGUGAGUUGAAGGAUACAAUAGGGAUGGAGCUAUUGAUUGAGGCUAUGAAGUCUCAAGGUCUGCAACUUGAUAUUCAUGCCCUGACAAUCAUUGCUAGUCACUUUAUAUCUGAAGGGCUGAAAGAUAAAGCUCUAGUUAUUCUGAAUGAAAUUGAAAGUGGAAAACUAAAAGACAUAAGUGGGGGAAGGAGUGCGUUACUUUCCCUCUAUGCUUCUCUUGGCAUGGCUGAUGAUGUGAAUAGAGUUUGGACUGUUUGUAAAUUAAAGCCCACUAUGAAUGAGUGCCUUGCUGGUAUAGCAGCUUGGGGCAAGUUGGGCAAGGUUGAAGAGGCUGAGGCAGUUUUUGACAUGAUGCUGAAAAAGUGGAAAGAACUCCCAUCUAAGAUUUAUGCUGAUCUUUUAAAUGUUUAUGUUCAGAAUAACAAGAUAUCUGAGGGGAAGGAGUUUGUUCGUCGAAUUGGGGAUGUGAAAGGCUGGGUUGGCCCUCUGAUUUGGGAUGGACUAGUGAGGCUCUAUGCUGGAGAUGGGGAUGUAGGGAAAGCAGAUUCAAUUUUAAGUAAGGUAGUUGAAGAAAAAAAUUGGAAGCGGGUGAGAGUGAGACCAAUGUUCAGCACAUUUUUAUAUGUCAUGGAACAGUAUGCAAAGCUUGGAGACAUACAUAAUACUGAGAAGUGGCAUUUUAGAAUGAAGCAAUGUGGCUACACAGGCCGUCUCAGACCUUAUGAAAUUCUGACCCAAGCGUAUAUCAAUGCGAAAACCCCUGCUUAUGGUCUUAAGGAAAGAAUGAAGGCAGAAAAUGUAUACCCAAAUAAGUUGUUUUACUCGAAGUUGGCUCAAAUUGAAUCAAUACAGAGGGAGGUGUUACUGUUCCAGAGUACAAGUGCCUAAUGUUUCAAGUGGAUGUGUUAGACUCGGUCAAUCACUUGGCUAUUAACUUCCACUCUUACUCCAGAUUGGUAUUAAGUCUAUCAAUUCACCCUGGAAAGAUGCCAGUGCGAUACAAUAAAUAAUGGUAGGCAUUGUAUUAGAACAUACAGGAUUGGGAAAUUAGUAAGAACACAAAGGCCAUUAGAGUCAGCUACUUGAUCGACCUAUCAAAACUGUGAAAGUGGUAGAGCCCGCAUGCACUGUUUAUGAAAUGAAUAAAGAAAUUCUUGAAACUCUGUUGCAUACCAGAUGUGUAGCCCUCAAGGUGAGAGCAAAAUUUUUGUAUUGGAAACUACGAGCAUGCCAUUGCACUAGCAAGAUUUUUGUCAGGUUUGAGUUGUAAUCUGUAGGACUAUAAGCAGGUUGUGACUAUGACCAUGAUGAUUGGAUGGACUUUUGAAGAAGUUGGUGACAUAAAUUUAUAAGCGUUUGGACUGCUCUUUGAACAAUUAUUUAUAUGGUUCAACUUGGAGAAAGCUUUUCAAGGUUUCGAUUACGUAUUGAAUGUUGUUGAUAUAACCGAAGGCAGAUUAAGACCUUGUGAUUAAGAUUUGGAAGAAAGCUUUCUAUGCUUAGAGUCACCUUGCACUUUCACAUGUCAUUUUGCUUUCCAGCAAUUAUCUGAGUUUUUUCAUUUCCAAUCUCUAUAGAAGCUUAUUUGGCAUGGUAGAUUUCAACAUGAAACCAGUUUAUAUGGCUCUGUUUGGCUGCAAGUCUGGAAAAGAAUCCUUUUCUGUUGGAUGAUAA